CAGGGCAGGAAAACUCUUCGCUAGGUCUCGGGCUGCGGCCCUCGGCCGGAACCGGAAGUGGACACCGAGCCUGGAGGAAGAAGCCGGUCCGAUCCGUCAGCAGCGGGCGGCGGUCCGGAGGGGCGGUGUUCGCGCCGCUUCUUGCGAGGCAGACCCGCGGUGGCACCAUGAAGUUGUAUAGCCUCAGCGUCCUCUACAAAGGCGAGCCCAAGGUAGUGCUUCUCAAAGCCGCGUACGACGUGUCCUCCUUCAGCUUCUUCCAGAGGUCCAGUGUUCAGGAAUUCAUGACCUUCACAAGUCAACUGAUUGUGGAGCGCUCGGCGAAGGGCAGCAGAGCUUCUGUCAAAGAACAAGAAUACCUGUGCCAUGUCUGUGUGCGGAAUGACGGUCUUGCAGGAGUGGUCAUUGCUGACAGUGAAUACCCGUCCCGGGUGGCUUUCACCUUGCUGGAGAAGGUACUAGAUGAGUUCUCUAAGCAGAUCAGCAGGACAGAGUGGCCAGUUGGAUCUCCUGCUACCAUCCAAUACACAGCCCUGGAUGGGCACCUCAGUGUGUACCAGAACCCCCGAGAAGCUGACCCCAUGAGUAAGGUGCAGGCUGAACUUGAUGAGACCAAGAUCAUCCUGCACAACACCAUGGAGUCUUUGCUGGAGCGGGGUGAGAAGCUGGACGACCUUGUGUCCAAAUCGGAAGUGCUGGGGACACAGUCAAAAGCCUUCUAUAAGACGGCCCGGAAACAAAACUCGUGCUGUGCGAUCAUGUGAGGCAGCCUGCAGAGGCCCUGCGCUGACCCACCACCUUAUUCAUGGCAGUGCUGCAGUCCCUGGAGAGGCAGAGCCGGAGCCGAGCAGCAGACUCCUCCCGCUCCUGGAAGGACCCGGGGUGGGGACGGUCACAUGCACGUGUCUAGCGAAAGUUUUGAAAAGAUAAUUUGAGGCUCCCAAAAGUGUAUUUUUGGGCCAAUUGAAAACAUAAACUCCAUGAGUCAUGUAGAUGUUGAAGGGCUCAUCUCUAACCCUCUGGGAAGGCCCUAGGGCUUGGAGCCAGCCCUGGGUUCUCUGUAUGCCUUUGGGUUUUAUCUGUACACUGACUGUUAACAUACCAGUGAGCAGGGUGCUCCCUGCUUACAGGGCUGGGCAGGUGAGCCUGAGCUCAGUCCCAGGGGAGAUGGAAAAUCUGCUGCUGGGCCACAGUGGAGGGGCUGAGCAGGGCACCUCACUGGGCUCCACAGAUUCUAAGGCAUUUGCAGAGGUUGGCCUCCUGCUUGAGGGCAGGGCUUAAUCCUAGUAAGUCCCACAGAGGUGCCUGGGAGUGUUUGAAGAGAGUGGGGGUGCUUGUUGACUCGUAGCUUGGCUAUGAAUAGCUGGAUCCCAGCCGUGAUCUUGAACCUGUUUUCAUUGGCUGCAGGCACCAUGACCAACUCAGCAGCACCUGGGGCCUGUCUCAGCAAGUGGCCUUUCCCUGGCCACUAUAACAGCACCAGAGAAGGGGCCAGCCAGCCCAGGGACUCCCAGCCCCACUGUGGUCUGAGCCACUGCCCCGAGCCAGGCCUCCAGCAGGACACUACAGGCCCUAUAGCCUCAAGGCCGGUCUGGAAUCAGCACACAGUGAUGCCCGGGAGGUCCUGGGCCUUUGGGCGUCACUGCCACGUCCCAGACUGCCUCCUCCUGAAAACAAACUCUAGAUGCCCUUGGCCCCUGCUUCCCACAUAAGCCCCUGCUGGCAUGGCAUCAGCCAGUGUGGCCUCGUUAUGAGGGUCCUUCCCAGAGCAUGCCAGCUCCUGCUCUACCUGGGAGGCCUCCCUGCCUUGAUAGAAGUGCCAGUGGCCCUGAAUUUCCUCGCCGGGACCAGAAAGUACGGUCUGUGUAGCUUUUGAGGACCCACCUAGCAGGCUAGCCUCCAGCUGCACUUUUCCCUUGGGCACUAUGCUGGCCAGAGGACCUUGGCCACCUACUGCCUUGAGAGUCUCCACUGCCACAGAUGCCCUGCAAGGCACAGCUCCAGUCCAUACACUGGGCCUGGAGCAGCCGCACCUCCCAUAGGAACCUGUUGCUGUCUGCCUGGCCUGCCACCUGCUUUGGAGGAAGGGUGGGGGGUGGGGGGCGCUGGUGAACCCAGGUCCUGGUGUGGUCUGAUGUUAAGUCAUUUGGCAAACAGCCUGUUUUAAUAACUACUGCAUAACUUCUGUGUUCUGUGGAGAGGCCCCUAUCUGCAUAAACCUGUCUUGAAAUUC